AUGGCGUCGGGUCUAGAGAAUUAUGUGAAUCAAACAGUGUCCGUUAUAACCUCAGACGGUCGAAACUUUAUUGGUACUCUAAAAGGUUUUGACCAGACUAUAAACAUAAUAUUGGAUGAAUCGCACGAACGUGUUUUCUCUUCAUCGACUGGUGUGGCGCAGGUGGUUCUUGGACUGCAUAUAAUUCGAGGUGACAACGUUGCAAUAGUGGGCCAAAUAGAUGAAUCAAUUGACAGCAGAUUAGACCUUGGUAAUAUAAAAGCUGAGCCUCUAGGAUCUAUUGUACAUUAA